AUGCUCUUCAAAUAUUUAUCUGCUGCUUUUCUUGCUGUUGCUCAAGGUGCUAUAAUCAAAAGAGAUUCACCAAAAACUUUAAAACUUGACUUUCAUGUUGCUGUUAAUGGUACUGCUAAUGGUAUUACUAAACGUGAUCUGGUCGAUUAUGACUUACAAAAUAUUCAAACUGAAUACCUUAUUGAAUUAACUGUUGGUUCUGAUUAUCAACACUUUUCUGUUGCUUUAGAUACUGGAAGUUCAGAUUUAUGGAUCCCAACACCAGAUGCCGUUUGCACAAAUGAUAUUUGUUUAGCAUAUGGUUCAUUUGAUCCAAGAACUUCGACUUCAUAUACUGAUUUAAAUACGGUAAUUAAAGAUUAUUAUGUUGAUGGUACUUUUGCAUUUGGUGAUUAUGGUAAAGAUGAUGUUCAUCUUCCAGGUGGAAAUACGUUGAAUCAAUUUCAAUUUGGUUCUAUGAAUAAUAUCUCAGGUAAUGUUCAUGGUUUAUUAGGAAUCGAUUUCCCAAUUUUUGAAUCUACUAGUUAUCAAUCUGGUGAAAUUUACAACAAUUUUCCAAUGGCUUUAAAAGCACAAAAUAUAAUUGAUCAAGUUUCCUACUCUUUAUAUUUAAAUCAAUUAGAUGCUGAAACAGGAAGCAUAAUUUUUAGUGGUAUUGAUAAAGCAAAAUAUACCGGAGAUUUAGUUGUUCUUAAUAUCUCAACCAACGAUGUAUCUGUAAAAACUAAUGAUCUUGUACUCAAUGGCCAAAGCUUAAACUUUCAAGAUGACAUAAUUUUAGAUAGUGGUUCUACUAAUAUUAAUUUUUGGGAUAAAAAUAUAGUUGACCAAAUAUAUCAAGAAUUAAAUUCAAAUUCUAAUGGGUUAGCUCCUUGUGAUCAACCAUCAGAUAAAUUUUUGACUUUUAAAUUUGAUGGUCUUGAAGUUGAUAUUCCUUAUUCAGAUUUAGUUAGACCAUCAAAUCAAGCUGGUAAGUGUUGGGUUGGGGUUGGUUAUUAUGGAGGUGUAAAGGAAAAUUUGGUUGGAGACUUCUUUUUGAGAAAGGUUUAUGUAGCUUAUAAUUUGGAAUCUAGAAAAAUUGGUCUUGCAAAUGCUAAGUAUACUGAUGAAGAAGAUAUAGUUGAUUUCUGGUUUUAA